AAAAAGAUAGAUAGAUGUACCUACUACGUGUAUAGUUUAAACAGAAGAAUAAUAUAAUUGUGAAUUGUGUAAAAAAAAAGAGGAAAAAAAGAGUGCAUUCACCUCGUUCUUCCCAUCGUUUUUCUCUUUUUAGCGCGCCGUACCGUCAUCGUCGUCGUACUAGAGUCGUUCGUUGUGUUGUCGUACUAGAACCUGGUGUAUUUUUUUUUAUAUGUUUUGUAUCUUCUAGUUUAUCCAGUUGCAAAAGUGCUAACUAAAGUACUUUACUACCAAGUAAAAAUAUUAAGUAAACAUUUUUCUUCAAAGAAACCCAUCAUCAUCAUCAUCUCUCAAGUCGUAAGAGAUAUUGAUGAACAUUUUAUACGUAACUUAAGUAAGGAUUAAAAAAAAAAGAGAUAAAAGUUUAACCUAAAAAAAAAGAAGAUAGUCGCAUUCGUAACGUGUAGCAAUUUUGUUUCUGGAAUUUUUUAUUUUAUCCUAACGGUAUUUAGAGGAAUUUUUAUCGAGUGGUGAAUUCUUAAGCUGCACACAUAUUAUAUUGGAUAAAAUAAACAAAAAAUCAAAUUUAACCUGUUAAUGCACAAGAUAGACGGAACAGAUCUGGACCCCUAAAAGCUUGAAGUCAAUGAAGGGCAAAAAUGGUUAUAGUAACACGAGGUGACUACAUCUGGAUCGAACCCGUAUCGGGCAGGGAAUUCGAUGUAGCCAUUGGAGCUCGUGUUAUCUCAGCAGAGGGACGUCGCAUUCAGGUGCGUGACGAUGAUGGAGAUGAAGUAUGGCUGGCGCCCGAGAGACGCAUCAAGGCGAUGCAUGCGUCAUCGGUACAGGGUGUGGAGGAUAUGAUAUCAUUAGGAGAUCUUCAUGAAGCUGGUAUCCUAAGGAAUCUAUUAAUUCGUUAUAAGGAAAAUUUAAUAUACACCUACACAGGUUCUAUUCUAGUAGCUGUGAAUCCUUACCAAAUUCUACCAAUCUACACGGGUGAACAAAUAAAACUCUACAAAGAACGUAAAAUCGGUGAACUACCGCCACAUAUAUUCGCUAUUGGCGACAAUGCCUACGCUCAUAUGAAACGCUUUCGUCAAGAUCAAUGUAUUGUUAUAUCGGGUGAAUCGGGAGCUGGCAAGACUGAAAGUACUAAGCUGAUAUUACAAUAUUUAGCAGCAAUAAGUGGUAAACAUUCAUGGAUUGAACAACAGAUAUUAGAAGCUAAUCCAAUAUUGGAAGCUUUUGGUAAUGCUAAGACUGUUCGCAAUGAUAAUUCAUCAAGGUUUGGAAAAUAUAUAGAUAUACAUUUUAGUGGAAAUGGUGUCAUAGAGGGUGCUAAAAUAGAACAAUAUUUAUUAGAAAAAUCUCGAAUAGUCUCACAAAAUCAUAGUGAACGUAAUUAUCAUAUAUUUUAUUGUAUAUUGGCUGGAUUGUCAGCAGAUGAAAAACGACGACUGGAUUUGGGUGUUUCUGCUGAUUAUAGGUACUUAACUGGUGGUAAUUGCAUAACAUGCGAAGGACGUGAUGACACAGCCGAAUUCUCUGACAUUCGAUCCGCCAUGAAAGUCCUCCUCUUUUCCGACAAUGAAAUUUGGGAAAUAAUCAAACUCCUAGCCGCACUCCUUCACUGUGGCAAUAUAAAAUACAAAGCCACAGUUGUCGAUAAUUUAGAUGCCACAGAAAUUCCCGAACACAUUAACGUCGAACGUGUCGCUUCCCUCCUAGGUCUACCCAUUAACCCACUAAUAGAUGCCCUAACUAGGAGAACACUUUUUGCUCAUGGUGAAACCGUAGUAUCUACAUUAUCUAGAGAUCAAUCUGUCGAUGUACGAGACGCUUUUGUCAAAGGCAUAUACGGCCGUCUAUUUGUUCAUAUAGUAAAAAAAAUAAACGCAGCAAUUUACAAACCCCGAGCCACAUCCCGCAAUGCUAUCGGCGUAUUAGAUAUUUUUGGCUUUGAAAAUUUCGAUCAAAAUAGCUUUGAGCAAUUUUGCAUUAACUAUGCCAAUGAAAAUUUGCAACAAUUUUUCGUCCAACAUAUAUUUAAGUUAGAACAAGAGGAAUACAAUCAUGAAGCUAUCAAUUGGCAGCACAUUGAAUUUGUCGACAAUCAAGAUGCCUUGGACUUGAUUGCCAUCAAGCAGUUAAAUAUCAUGGCUCUGGUCGAUGAGGAAGCACGUUUUCCCAAAGGUACAGAUCAAACGAUGUUAGCUAAAUUGCACAAAACCCAUGGCACGCACAAAAACUAUUUGAAACCCAAGUCCGAUAUAAAUACAAGCUUCGGAUUGAAUCACUUUGCUGGAGUGGUAUUUUACGAUACACGAGGAUUCCUCGAAAAAAAUCGGGACACUUUUAGUCCGGAUUUAUUGCAUUUAGUAAGUCAGUCUUCGAAUAAGUUCCUAAGGCAGAUUUUCGCCAAUGACAUUGAUAUGGGUGCUGAAACACGCAAACGAACACCCACUUUGUCGACGCAAUUUAAAAAGAGCUUAGAUGCUCUAAUGAAGACUUUGAGCUCGUGUCAGCCAUUUUUCAUACGGUGCAUUAAGCCGAAUGAGGUUAAGAAACCGAUGCUUUUUGAUAGAGGUUUAUGCUGCAGGCAGUUGAGAUAUUCGGGAAUGAUGGAGACGAUAAGAAUUCGGCGAGCUGGUUAUCCGAUUCGUCAUGGAUUUAGAGAGUUUGUGGAACGUUACCGUUUUUUGAUACCCGGGGUUCCGCCAGCUCAUCGAACAGACUGUCAAAGAGCUACGAUGCGGAUAUGUUCAAUAGUCUUGGGGAAAUCGGAUUAUCAACUGGGACACACGAAGGUAUUUCUAAAAGACGCACAUGAUUUGUUUUUGGAACAAGAACGUGAUCGAGUUUUGACACGGAAGAUUCUGAUCUUACAGCGAACGAUAAGAGGUUGGGUUUAUCGGAGGCGUUUCUUGAGAAUGAGAUAUGCCGCUAUAAUGAUCCAGAAACACUGGAAAGGUUAUGCUCAACGUAAACGCUAUAAGCUUAUGGUGCAAGGGUAUAUGCGUUUGCAGGCACUCAUAAGAUCUCGAGUGUUGAGUCAUCGUUUUCGACAGCUUCGAGCUCGAGUUACCGGCCUACAGUGUCACUGUCGUGGGUUUUUGGUUCGUCGGGAAUACGGACAUAAAAUGUGGGCAAUCAUUACAAUACAAUCUUAUGUCCGUCGGAUGAUUGCAAUGAGGAAGUAUAGAAAACUUAAAGGAGAGUAUAAGCAAUUUGCAGAGGUUUUGCAUCUUCGAAAGUUGGAAGAACAAAAAUUGAAGCAUCAAGGUAAUAAACAUGCAAAAGAAAUUGCUGAACAACAUUAUCGGGAAAGGCUUAAGGAGCUGGAACGUCAUGAAAUGGAAGUGGAAAUGGAAGAGAGGCGAAGAGUUGAAGUGAAGAAGAAUAUUAUUAAUGAUGCUGCAAGGAAACAGGAUGAACCAGUUGAUGAUGGGAAAUUAGUGGAAGCAAUGUUUGAUUUUCUUCCGGAUUCAAGUAGUGAAGCACCAACACCUCAUGGGGGACGGGAGACUUCGGUGUUUCAAGAUCUUCCACAUGGCAAUCACCUUAAUAAUGAUGAUAUUAUCACUCCAAUGCAUGUUUCUGAAGACGAAGAAGACUUAUCCGAGUUCAAGUUCAUCAAAUUCGCUGCAACAUAUUUCCAAGGCAACACUAAUCAUCAGUAUUCGAGGAAACCUCUGAAACAUCCUCUGCUUCCUCUUCACACACAAGGAGACCAAUUGGCUGCACAAGCUUUGUGGAUCACUAUUCUUCGAUUUACAGGUGAUCUUCCAGAGCCUAGAUAUCAUACAAUGGACAGGGAUAACACUUCUGUAAUGUCAAAGGUUACUGCUACUUUAGGGCGAAAUUUCAUUAGGAGUAAGGAAUUCCAAGAAGCUCAAUUAAUGGGCUUAGAUCCUGAAGCUUUCUUAAAACAAAAGCCUCGAUCUAUUCGCCACAAGUUAGUUUCUCUGACACUUAAGCGAAAGAACAAACUUGGUGAAGAUGUACGUCGACGUUUACAAGACGAAGAAUACACAGCCGAUAGCUACCAAUCAUGGCUAGAGUCAAGACCCACAUCUAAUUUGGAAAAACUACAUUUCAUCAUUGGUCAUGGUAUUUUAAGAGCUGAGUUGCGAGAUGAAAUUUACUGUCAAAUUUGCAAACAACUUAGCAAUAAUCCAUCGAAAUCAUCUCACGCUCGUGGAUGGAUUCUUCUGUCACUUUGCGUUGGUUGUUUUGCUCCGUCGGAGAAGUUUGUCAAUUAUUUGCGAGCAUUUAUUCGAGAAGGUCCUCCAGGAUACGCACCAUAUUGUGAAGAAAGACUGAAGAGAACCUUCAAUAAUGGAACUCGCAAUCAGCCUCCGUCGUGGUUGGAACUUCAAGCGACCAAAUCGAAGAAACCCAUCAUGUUACCGAUCACUUUUAUGGAUGGCAAUACUAAAACACUGUUGGCCGAUUCGGCAACAACAGCUCGGGAGCUUUGCAAUCAGCUUUCGGAUAAAAUUACUUUGAUGGAUCAAUUUGGAUUCUCAUUGUAUAUAGCUUUGUUUGAUAAAGUUUCAUCGCUGGGAUCAGGUGGUGAUCAUGUUAUGGAUGCUAUUUCACAAUGUGAGCAAUAUGCUAAAGAACAAGGAGCUCAAGAAAGGAACGCCCCCUGGCGGUUGUUCUUCCGCAAAGAGAUUUUUGCACCCUGGCAUGAUCCAACAAACGAUCAGGUGGCGACUAAUUUGAUUUAUCAACAAGUUGUACGUGGUGUUAAAUUUGGCGAAUAUCGAUGUGACAAGGAAGAUGAUUUGGCAAUGAUAGCCGCACAACAGUAUUUUAUUGAAUACGGGACAGAUAUGUCAAUGGAGAGAUUAUUUACUCUUCUACCAAAUUUUAUACCAGAUUUUUGCCUGACAGGUGUAGAAAAGGCUAUUGAUCGAUGGGCUGCUUUAGUGCUGCAAGCGUACAAGAAAAGCUAUUAUGUUAAGGAGAAAGUCGGGUCGUUGAAGAUUAAAGAAGAUAUUGUGAGUUAUGCAAAGUAUAAAUGGCCGUUGCUGUUCUCGAGGUUCUAUGAGGCUUAUAGGAACUCUGGUCCGAAUCUCCCGAAGAAUGACGUCAUCAUAGCAGUUAACUGGACUGGUGUCUACGUAGUUGAUGAUCAGGAACAAGUUCUCCUAGAACUGUCAUUCCCCGAGAUAACAGCGGUCUCAAGUCAAAAAACGAACAAAGUCUUUACACAAACUUUUAGCUUGUCUACAGUUCGAGGGGAGGAGUUUACCUUCCAAAGUCCAAAUGCUGAAGAUAUCCGAGAUUUAGUUGUGUAUUUCUUGGACGGACUAAAGAAGAGAUCUCGUUAUGUGAUCGCUAUACAAGAUUACCGUGCUCCUCAAGAUGGUUCGUCAUUCUUAUCAUUCCUCAAGGGUGAUUUGAUAAUACUCGAAGAUGAGUCAACUGGUGAUGCAGUUCUAAAUAAUGGUUGGUGUAUCGGUCGUUGUGAUCGUAGUCAAGAGCGAGGAGAUUUCCCCGCCGAAACGGUUUAUGUUCUACCGACACUUAGCAAACCACCGCCAGAUAUUUUAGCUCUGUUCAAUGUUGAAGAAGCACAUCAUGGUCGUCGUUUGAGUAUGGUUUCGAAUGGUGUAACUGAUCCUCGUGAUAGACCUCAUACUCUCAUGGAGUAUGCCUUAGAUCAUUUCCGUCUUCCACCAAAACGAACAAUGUCUAAAACCUUGACUCUAGGUUCGAAACGAGGUAGUGAAGAAAUCUGGCGUUAUUCUCGAGAACCCAUCAAGUUGCCACUUUUGAGAAAGUUACAAAGCAAAGAAGAACUUGCUGAAGAAGCUUGUUUCGCAUUUGCUGCGAUUCUAAAAUACAUGGGUGAUCUUCCGUCAAAACGUCCUCGAAUGGGCAAUGAGAUCACCGAUCAUAUAUUUGAUGCUCCGUUGAAACAUGAAAUUUUGCGUGACGAGAUUUACUGCCAAAUUAUGAAACAGCUAACAGACAAUCGUAAUAGGACGUCAGAAGAUCGUGGUUGGGAACUAAUGUGGCUUGCGACAGGUUUAUUUGCCUGUAGUCAGAGUCUCCUCAAGGAACUUCUAAUAUUCCUCCGUUCGCGACGUCAUCCCAUUUCUCAGGACUCAAUGCAUCGACUUCAGAAGACUAUCCGAAACGGUCAGCGGAAGUAUCCACCACAUCAAGUUGAAGUCGAAGCAAUACAGCACAAAACCACACAGAUCUUCCAUAAAGUCUAUUUUCCCGAUGAUACUGAUGAAGCUUUUGAAGUUGAUUCAUCGACACGCGCCAAAGACUUCUGCCACAAUAUAUCACAACGAUUGACACUAAGAACCAGCGAAGGAUUUAGUUUGUUUGUGAAAAUUGCCGACAAGGUGAUAUCGGUGCCAGAAGGUGAUUUCUUUUUUGAUUUUGUUCGCCAUCUGACGGAUUGGAUUAAGAAAGCUAGGCCAAUUAGAGAUGGUUCGAAUCCGCAGUUUACUUAUCAAGUGUUCUUUAUGAAGAAAUUAUGGACUAACACGGUGCCAGGGAAGGAUAGAAAUGCCGAUUUGAUAUUUCAUUAUCAUCAGGAAUUGCCAAAGCUAUUGCGUGGUUAUCAUAAGUGUUCGAGGGAAGAGGCGGCCAAAUUGGCAGCGUUGGUUUAUCGAGUGAGAUUUGGAGAGAAUAAGCAAGAGUUACAAGCGAUACCACAAAUGCUUCGAGAACUUGUGCCGUCAGAUAUAACAAAAAUGCAAAGCUCAAACGAAUGGAAAAGAGCAAUUGUUGCUUCAUACAAUCAAGAUGGAGGCAUGAGUUCUGAAGAUGCUAAAGUGGCGUUUUUGAAAAUUGUUUAUAGAUGGCCAACAUUUGGAUCGGCAUUUUUCGAAGUUAAACAAACAACAGAACCAAAUUAUCCAGAAAUGCUUUUAAUAGCAAUAAAUAAGCAUGGUGUUAGUUUAAUAAAUCCCAUAACUAAGGACAUUCUUGUAACACAUCCAUUUACACGCAUCUCGAAUUGGUCAUCUGGCAACACCUAUUUCCAUAUGACAAUAGGUAAUCUAGUUCGAGGCUCGAAAUUACUGUGCGAAACGUCACUUGGCUAUAAAAUGGAUGAUCUAUUAACUUCAUACAUUUCACUGAUGCUAACCAAUAUGAAUAAAAAUCGGACAAUACGAGCAAAUUAGUUUAUAAUUUAAUUAAUUUAUUAUUAUUUUUGUUUUUUUUUUUUUUUUUUUUUCUUAAAUAUAAUAUUAUUUCAAAAUAUAAGAUGUAUUUUGUUACUUAAUAUUUUUAAUUCUUUUUAAAAUGCAUAAAGGUGUGUUUUUUUGUAUUUAAUUUUUGGGCCAACUGAACACUUUUUUUUUUUAAUUUAAAUUUAUUAUUUCAUUUUAUCCUAUCUAAAGAAUACAAAAUAUUAAACAUUUUUGUCUGUAAAUUUUGCAAGUAUUUUGUUUAUUUUCUCGACCAAACUUAGUUUAGUUAUUUCUUUUAUUAUUUUUUUUUUUUGUUUAAUUUUAUUUGGACUUGAUUUUUUAUUAUUAUUUUAUAAAAUAUAGUAUAAUAGCAUAAUCUUUAGAUAUUUUAUUUGAUAUCAUCUUGUUUAGUGUUAAAAAAAAGUGCAGUUUUUUUUUUUU